AUGUCAAUGUCUACACCAGUCCAAGAUUCUGGCUCAAGCUCAGGGUCAUCAGUAUCUGAAUCCGAGCCAAUCGAGUUAAUCAUAGAAAAAUUGAUAGCUUCAGCCUCGGCUUCAGGGUCCGUCUCAUUUGAGGCGGCGUUUGAAGCGCUGUCCACCUCAAAAUGGAGAAGAGAACAGUCGAAUUCGUCCAAAGUUUUUGUAUCUUCAAUUGAAACACAAGAUGCAAAGGUGACCGUGGCCUCGAGCUCUUCGUCCAAUUACUCGGCUUUGAUCACUUAUGGAUCUAGCACUUCGUUUAAACUUGCCACGCCUCUCACUGCCAAAAGUUCGGUAGUACCAACAUACCGCAAUUGGGUCGGUCCUCACAAGUUGCAAGGUGAUGCUGCUUGCUGGCGUGAAGCUCAUAUUAUGGACGAGUGCCCGUCAAAUUACGACCGUAAUGAUGCCACUAACACGUGCUGGACAGAGUGUCCGAUUGAGUUUCCAGUCGAAUGUGGGGUCGAAUGCGUUCGUCAGAACGACGAUUGCGGCCGUGAAAUAUUUUACAAAGUCUCGUCUAUUAUCAACGUCGGUCUCAAUGGAAUUAUGGACAAUUGGUUUGGCAAGUUUGCCAACAUGGCCAAGUCAGUUCGAACCACUGUAUAUUGUUCAUGUAUGAUUCUCGGCUUGAUCCGAGCCAUGCUUCGGUACAUUCGAAGCGUUCAAAGUGCCGAUCCACAAGCAACUCGGGACAAGAUUUUGGCUGCUUUGUACCAGUCAAAUGUUGUGGUGGUCGAACUUCCCAUUACUAUCAAAAUGUGCUCAGGGGAUCGAGUGACCAAGAAUUGGUGGCUUGCAGAUCGACUCAUGGCUUCAACGCAAUUCAUUUUGGCUGAAGUACUGGCUCAUGAUGAUCAACUUCUUACAAGCUGGCACCGAUUUAAAGCUUUUCUGAAAGGGGCGAACUUCACAACACCCCCAGAACAGAUAACAAAAGGGGAGAUCGGGUAUCUUACGGAUGCAUUAAAAUCCAACUCGACGUGUGGUCACGACUUACAAGGACUGGUACAUCGAACAUGGGCAACCAUUGCAGCAUUGCGAGAGCAACAUCCUGGAAUCACGGAGGGUCAGUUGCGCACUGCGAUUCAAAACACGGAACUUGUCAAAACGGACAUUGCAAUGGUGACAAGCAAUUGCAUGGAGCUGCUUAUUCAACAAUCAAACGAGGCAACUGCAUACACGACUCGCGACAAGAUUCGCAAGACUUUUGGUGUCAUUAUCAAUGACUUGAUCACAGAGGGAAAAAGCAACAAUGGCUCAUCCUUUCAAGCCGACGAAUAUGCAUACCAAGCGCUAAAUGAUGGUAUGAGUAUGUGGGUUUGCACGGGGUUCGAUAUGACUGGUAUCUCCAGUAUGAUUUCAGAUUAUUUCCAGUCAAUUUGUGGCCCCACACAAUUUAUUGGUGAAGUUGAUGAUGGCACCCAUCCACAUACACUUGGGAUGAACAUCAUCCAGAAGGCAUUUCAAAACAGUACAAUGUCUUGGAGCAAGAGAGGAGAUGGCGAAGUGGUCCUCACUUUCACAAGUUUGGACACGAUGGAUGUGACGGUGAACAUCAUGUCUGGAGGAGACAAGAUUGACGAGGUGGAACUCCCAGCGGGUGCAAAAGCAAUGUGGAAGUCAACAGUGAAGCAAUUAGGGGGCAAAACUUUUUAUCUAGAUCGAUGGCGUCCAGGGUUUUUGGGACUACCCGGAACAGGAGGUGGUUCUUUAAUGUUGUGGCUUCCUCACGCGGCGGAAGGGGGCCACCUAGAUUUGGAUGUGAAACUUAAUGUGAGUUGA